CUUCCAGCCCAUCACUAAAAUUUGCCUAUGAUGUUUUGGGAAAUUCUUUUCAUUCAAGUUCUUUUUACAUAAAAAUCUGACAUUGCAAAUUACUAAUGUUUGGGUGUUUUUGCAUUAACUGUGUAUGAGAGACAAUAUGUUUUUAUUGUAUGCCAAUUUGUGCCGCAAUAGUAAAUUCUAUGCAAUUCAAGAGUAGUAGCAUACAGUCUACUUUUGUUAUGGUUUUGAUCAACUGACAGUAGUGAUGGCGUCUGAUGUUGAUGCUUCUUGUGAAAAUGACCCGAACUUUGCUGUUAUUUGCGCAUUUUUCGAAAAAUUUGGUGAAAACUGUGCACUGGGACCGAUAGAUUUCGCCGAACUACAGUCUAUGCUGGAAAACACUGAUGAAGUACCACCAGCAUUAGCAAACCUUCUAAUCAAGCUUAUGAGAAAAGUGAAAAAGACUGUUAAACCUGAGAAGUGGGAGAAAGCUUUGGUUGGAAUUUGCCAUAAUUUUAGCUCUAAAGAUGCAUGGGAAAUUGAAAGAUUUGGCUUUAAGAAAGCCAAAUUAUCAUCUAAAGUCAGAGCACUUAAGGAACUACUAGAGAUGCAGUUUGACUUUAAUGCCAAAUUUAAAGGAGAAGUCAACAAAUUGGCAGCUACUGAACUAAGGUCACAACCUCUAGGCCGUGAUAAAUCUGGACAUGCAUAUUGGUUCCACAGUGAUCACAACUUUCAAAUACGCGUAUAUAAAGAAGAUUUGGACGAUGAAACAUGGACCCUAAUUGCCAAAGAUAGAGAAAGCCUAGUUUCUCUCAUCACUAAACUCAAUGAUGGGGAAGUGAAAUGCAGCUCUGAUUCUGCUGUGAAUGAAGACAGUAACUCACUGUCAGAAAAACUUAUCAUCGAUACUGGACAAAAUGAUUCAGAUUCAGCAACAAAAGAUAAAAUUACCGAAGAUGAUGUGGAGCAAAGCCCAAAGAAGAUGAAACUUGAAAAUGACAUGCAAGAAGACAAGGUUCUGAAAAUACAUUUAACAGAUAUCAAAAAAAGUCCCAAGAGGCAAGAGUGUGAUAAGUCUGAAGAAACUAACGAGAAUGAGAAAGUGAUAGAUGAAAAUAAAGAGAAAGAGGAUGAAACUGAAGACACUGAAAAAGAAGAAAUUGAUGAAGAUGAAUCAAAAGAUAAUGAAAAAGAGGAAACUGAAGAAGAUGAUGAAGCAGCAGAGAAGAGUCCUAUUGUAGGAGACACAAUUGAAGAAGAUACUAUGCACAUCAGAGGAGAAGGUAAUGGGAAAGAGAAUGAUGCAGGCAUUCAUAGACCAGCUACUGAAUCAAGCGAAAGCCCAAUUAUUGGGGAAGUUAUUGAAGAAGAAAUUAUGUAUGUUCGAGGUGAAGGUCUUGGGCAGGAGUGUGAGACAGGCAAUGAUAAAAAAACAUCUGUGACUGAAACUCAGUCGGGCGGGUAUGCCCGUAGUCACAACUCCAGUUCUACUGAGAAUAGUAUUAAAGAUGAUGAGGUUAAAAAAGGCGAAAAUGUUUCUAAAGAACCUUCAGAUGAAAUAGACAGUUGCGCUAAGACGCCGGAAAAAAAGCCUACCUUUUUCUUUGGUUCUCCUCAAAAAGAAACCUCUGUUAAUACAUCUCUCACUAUGGAGUUUGGUCAGAAACCCGACCAAGCAGCAAAAUCCCCAAGUAACACGAAAGAGCCAUCUCAUGACAGUUUGGAAGAGAAGAAUAAAAAUGGUGAAGAUAUCAAAAAUGAAUCAACAAAAGUUGUCGAUGAUAAUCAAAAUAAAAAUGUGAGUAAAAACGGUGAUGAAAAUCCGAAAGAGGAUGACGCAUCAGAUGAAGAUUCUUCAGAGAAACGCCCAGUGGUAGAAGAGCCAUGUGUAAAAAAACUUGCGUAUGUAUGUGGAGAAGACACAGCUGAGGAAGAUGCAGAAACAGUAACCGAAAACGAAGUAGAAAAAGAUGUAAAAAGUAAAAGUAACAAACUGAAAAACUCUGAAUUAGAUGUUGAUAAUGAGGUAAAAUCAAAAGAAGCUAGUUCUAAAGAUGUAGGAGAGAUCAAAACAAGUGGAAAUAAACCAGAUGAUGUUGAAAGUGAAACUGAGACUAAUAGUAAGAUAGAAAAUGAUAAAGGCAAACCAAAAGGCAUUAAAAAUAAAACAGAAAUUAAAGAAAGUGAAAACGAAAGUAAAUCAGGUGAUACGAAAGAUAAACCAGAGGAAGCUGAAAGUAAAACAAAAAGUGAUAAAAGCGAUUCGAAAAACGACUCGCAAAAAUCUGACAAAGAUAAAGAGAAAUCGGAGGAACCAAGUAAACCAGAAAAACCUAGUGCAAAACCAGGGCUUAGAGCAGUGAGGAUGAAAAGGGGACCAACACAAAACAAGUCCAAAGAAGAAACACCAGCGAAAGAUGAGAAAGUUGCUGACACUGAAGUUGUAUUUCUGAAAAGUAGAAGAGGGAAGAAAGAAAGGGAGGCAACUCCACCUACAAAAGUUAAGGUGAAGAAGCCAAAGCUGUCUGCUAAAGAGAAAAACAAGAAGGAAGAUAAGGUUGACAGUGACAAUGCCUCAGUAACGUCAGGGGACAAGGCAGGAAAAGGAGGGAGCAUGGCUAGUGCAAGUUCUUCAAGAGUUUCAACGCCAGUGUCAAUGCCAGAUUCUAUUAUAACUAUACCUGAAAUCACUGAGGUUACCAGUGUAGAGGAAGAGCCACCUGUACCAGAAAAGGAUCCUUUAGGAUGUUCAGAGGAUGAUCAAGAUGAUGAUGCUGAGACAGCCCCGACUCCCAAUUCGCGCAGCCUGCAGAACUUCUCUUUCGACUUCGACGACACAGGGGCAGCACCUGUAAUUCCUGUCAUUCCCAGCACCAGGUCGUUACGGAAACGAGGCAGGGAAGCCAGCCCUACCGGUCCUGUGGUGGAUAAGCAGCAGGGUGGGAAAAAGAUGAAGUUGAAAGGGAAGAGGCGAUUCAACACCAAGUUGAGGAAAAGCAUUGAACAGCAGAAACAACAGCUGCAACAGUCGAGCAGCAGCGAUGAAGCGGUUGCUGUGUCGAGUGACGAAGCUCCGAAAUUUCAAAAAGAGUCGCCAGUUAAGAAGAAAAGGGGCCGAAAAAAGAAAUCUGAAGUUGCAGUUGAAGUUGAUGAUGAUUCAAGUAACCAUGCUCCGGUAACAAAGGCGAAAAAAGAAAAGAAGCCCAAUGCUCGAAUGCUCGAAGGUUUGGGAAUAAGCGACCCUGAGGCCGUACUGCAGAAUCAAUCGCUUGGUGUACGGCAGUCGAGGAGGCUGGCGCAAAUCAAAAUCAAGGAAUCUUUAGACGUGAAAAAGCCUGAACCCAAAACCAAGCAAUCAGCAAAAGAGGAGAAAUCCAAGAAAAAAUCAAAAGAGGCUGCCGUGCCCGAGAAAAAGAAACACGGUAGAAAACCAGCCACCCCAGAACCGGAGCCGGAACCCAGCGGUAGAAGGAGGAAAAAGAAAUCGGUCGCACCGAGCAAGCUGUUUGAUCAAAGCAGACCAUGGCAGUCGAGCAGCGAGUCGAGCGAAGAGGAAGAAGAGGCUGUGGAAGAGGAGGAGGAGGAAGAAGUUGAGGAAAAGUUGGAGUUUAACGCAAAGUCGGAUCAUGAGUUUUCGCCAGAAAGCGAUUUGGAGAGCGGCGAAGCAUAUCAGGUUCCUAAGAGGGCGAGGACGGCAAAGAGGAAAGAUGAUUCUGCUGAGGAAGAAGACGAAGAAGAUUUCCCUUGCCAAAAAUGCGGCAAAUCUGAUCACCCAGAAUGGAUACUGCUCUGUGAUAAAUGUGAAAACGGUUGGCAUUGCUCCUGCUUGCGACCACCAUUACUUUCUAUUCCUGAAGGUGACUGGUUCUGUCCACCUUGUGAACACAUAAAACUGAUCGAAAACCUGCAACUCAAAUUAAAAGACUACGACAAGAACAUAGUGAAAAAGAACCUGGAGGACCGUCGCAAGGAGCGUCUAGCCUACGUCGGCAUCAGCCUGAACAACGUGUUGCCGCCCAGCAAAGAGCAAGAGAAGACGGAAAAAAAGAAAAAGAAACGGGGCUCGUCGGAAUCCGGGAGCAGCGAAACGGCGGACGAGGAAGACGAGGACGGCGAAUCGGAAACUGACAGCGACGAACCGGUGUAUCAGUUGAGGCAACGACGGCAGGCGAGGAGUUACAAGUUUAACGAAUAUGAUGAUCUGAUCAACUCGGCUAUUCAGGAGCAGUUGGGAGAACCAGUCGUCAGGCCACCAUCGCCGGUAUGUGGUCGAGGCAAGGAUAUGGCAACCAUUGUCAAAGCAGAACAGGAGGAAAGGAAGGAGAAUGAUGUAUUCAAGGACCUUGAAGAGAAAAAAGAAGAUGAAGAACAGGCUGAGGGCGCUGGAGGCGAGAAGAAGCCGUUAGUGAAACCACCAGUGAAAAAACCAAGGAAGAAAACUCGAAAAAUGACUGCUCUGGACGUGAGCAGUGAAGAUGAUGAUGAAAGGGAUGAAGAUUUCGUUGGAGAUAUGAGUGUGAGCUCGGAAGAUGAAGACGUUGACGAAGGAGACAGCGAGGAAGAUUCAGAUGAUAUUGGUCGUAGAAGAAGGAAUUUGAGGCCAACCAGAAGAUCUACUCGUAAUAGGACUAGCAAAAUCAACAAAGAUUUUAUUGAUGACGAUGAAGAAGACUCCGACAGGCCUCGAAAGAAAAAGAAGAAACACUAUUUCAGUGAUGAAGAUGAAUCUUCAGAGUCGGAUGGUAGUUGGGGUGGAAGGAAGAAGAAAAAAGGAAGUAGGAAAAAGAAAUCCAAAAAGAAAAACAGCAUUUUGGACGAGCUGUCCGACUUGGAGGUUCCUAAUAAAAAGAAAAAACGUAGAAUAGUUUACGGCGGCCUAACAUCAAGUGAAGAGGAAUUAGGAAGGGGGAGAAGAACUAGAGGAAAGAAAACUACCUACGUUGAAGCUCUGGGAAGCGAAACUGAAGAUGAAGUUCAGAAAAGGAACCCGAGGAAGAUAGACAGCGAUGACGAAGAUUUUGUAGCGAAUGAAGAAGAAGACGACGAAGAAGAGGCUGCAGAAGAUGAGCCGGAGCCUGAAGAUGAAGAAGAUGAUGAGGAAGUUAGCAGGAAAGAUGAUGCAGAAGAAAGGAGACGAUUGAUGGUACCGAAGAUAUAUAUAAAGAAACCGGCCAUUGGUGCUGCAAAAGAAACUGACAAGAGUAAAAAGGUGAACAGCGAAAUGAAUAAGGAAGAAAAGACGGACAUUGAACAAAACAAUAAAGAACCCGCAGUAGACAAAGACAACGAAACAAACUCGAAACCUGACGUUGUAAGAAAAGCAGAAGAAAGACCUGUAACGAUCGGACCAAAGAACUCUACAAAUCGUGUGCGAAUCAAGGUGGUGCCUCGAAAGGAUCAAGUUGGGACUAAACUAACGAAUUUGAAAGAAACAAAUACACAGGCCGAAAAGGAUGUAAAUAAGAGUACGGAUAAAGAUAUUCCCAAUAGUAAUCUCAGUAUGUCCGAGAAGCAGUUGGAUGGUGAUAAGAAGAAACUAGGGGCCGGCAUUGAACGACUGAAUAUGAAUAAAGUGUUGAGCUCAUUGGACAAAGCAGGCAUCGAAUUAACGCCAGCGUCGAGACCUAUGCAAAAGGUGGCGACAUCGCCGGUGAAAAUAGCGACAGCUGCCAAACUUACCCCGCCUGCGGUACACCACGAGCCGAUAGUAAGCAACGUGAGCGCCCUUCUGAAGAACGAUGACAGUAACGACGAGCUGUCGGAGCCGCCGGGCGUAGCUCUACCACUCUUCGAUGAAGUGACGAUAACGAAAAAGGACGCACCCAGGAGGAGGAUUAAAAUACGUCCAAAGAAGUCUCUUGAGGAGACAGUUGCCCACCUGGGAAGCGCCAUAUCAAUAAAACCAGCAGCUCCUAAAACAGUCGAUGGCCCUAAGACGACGACGACAUCGGAAUGCAAAAUCGAAAUCGCCGCGCCACCUCAACCUUUUUCACAAACGGCUCCAGCGCCGUCUAUCAUCACCAGGAUGUUGCAGACGCCUAGCGGAGCGACUCCAGUUAAAGAUGAGUCCGAUAAAGAUGCUGCUGCGGCAUCAUUGACAGAACCUACCCCCAAACCAGAUUAUUCCGUAAUCGGAAAAAUUCGACCGAAGCAAUUUGCCACAAUGCCUUUGGAAGAUGACGAUGACGAGCCGUCGGCACCUCCAGUGAGACAACGGAAGUUGGGACCGUCGGUGGACAGCCAGGAACACUUCGCGCAAAAUGGAGGUCGGCCCAGCGGCGUUCCCCCGCAACAACCACCACCUCAGUACCACCAUCGAUUGCCACCUCCGCACCCUCAGAUGAAUCACUACCCGCUACAUCAGCCGCCUCCGCGCGAACCGACAGCGUGCGGUCCGUCGGUAGCGCCCCCGCCUCCGAGGACGCAUCACAAUGUACAGCCUCCGGCGCCGCAUCAUAACGUGACGCCCCCACCGCCUCAGCCUCACGCGACAGGAAGUCCCGCUAAAGGAAUGGAAGGUUAUGGCAGGGCGCAGCAGGGCAGGUACAGCAAUCCACCAACCGGCCCCACUUAUCCUCACCGACCACCUGUCCACAUGCCGGCAGGUCCAUCGUAUCCACCUCCUCACCCACCCCCAGGGACGCAAACGGAAUCACCCGCUCCUCCCGCGCCAACUUCCUCGACGCAGUACUACGGGAACUACCCGCCGCCCCCGGUGGAGCCCGUGGAGGAACCACCCUACCAGAACCCACCGUAUCAGGAGUCCUACCAGGGGGAACCCGUCCCUGUACAAGAACAAGCGGCACAGGGCAGCAAACCGUAUGAAGGGGAGGAAACGGGAGGGGAGUUUGGAGGGUUGGUCUCGUAUUUUUCCAGUCAGCACGAGGAUGACCUGGACUCGUAAGAUGAGAGUAAGGUGCGUGCAGUGCAUCGGAACGUAGUUUCUUACUGUUAUAUUCGGUAUGUGAAUGUAGAAGGGCUGGUUAGAGAAUUUCGUAAGCAGGGAUUAGCUAAUGAGACAGCUGUAUUCGCUAAUAAAAAAUGGAUAUCGUGGGUUAGUACACGAUCGGAAUCGAAUCAAUACAUGUUUUUUAUCAACUACGGCAAUAGUUUUUUUGUCUUUGGGCGAUGGAGGUUGAAAUCUCUCAGCUGGUCAAAAACUGAAACUAGUGUCGAGGCAAUUACGCUUUGCGAAAAAUACCAGCAAAAUGCUAACAGUCACUACUGCUAUAAAUGUAUCUAGCACAUUUAAAAGUGCAAAGGCCAACCAAACUACGCAAAACUGACUAUGACAGGUGCAUACAGAACGUUUUAUAUGAUGCUUAUAUGGUUCUCUAUCUUAAAAAAAAAUUAUUCAUGGUGUGAAUGAUGGAAUUUACAGGGUGUUACGAUAUUUUUAUCGAAGUUACUUUCACAGAUAAUAAAGUAAAAAGAAGGGUCAAAAUUUGUCGGAUCAAAAAUAUAUAAAUAAACGCAUUUUAUAUUUUAGAUUGCAUGUUGAAAAGGCCGCGGGGCAGCCAAAACGGUAAUCAAAUAUUGCCAAGUAAUCUGAUGUAUCUAUUCUCAUUUUCGAACUUGUCUACAGCGAUGUUUUUCAAAUGGUCUUCCUAUAUUUAGUGAUUUUUCUGUGGUUCAAACAUGUAACAAUUUACAGUGCAAGUUCUCAACUUAAUUCGUCCAGUAAAAUUGGUCUCAUAGUAGUGCAACUUUCGGCCACCCUGGUCUACAACUACUCCGUGACCCCUUUCAAGUAUACAGCGUCUCCUAGAAAUAACACGGCAAAGUGGCACGGGGGUAGAUUGACAGAUCAAUCAGAUAAAAUAAACAAGACCUUAGUAAAGGUUUUCUAGAUUUUUUUUACUGAGCCACCUCUAAUUUAGCUGUUUGUUUUAAAACUAAAUAAAUAUCACAUUAUUCAAAAGGCCGAUAAGAACUCUUGUUUUUGCUGGAAAUUAUAUAAAGUCUUUAUUUGAUGGCCUAAAUAUUUCGAAAACUGUCCACUCUAGAAAAAAGUUUCAAACGGAAGUUGUAGGGGAGAAUGAGGUGUUCUUAAUACGACCUUUAAAGUUCUUUCAAGAUCCAGUGAAUAUUUUUUCACAUCUGAAGUGAAAAGGAAAUCAAAUUUUCCGGCACAACCUAGCCCUUGACCUUGUACAUCGCUUUCAAGGUCAAUACAAGGCGUCGAAAACAAAAGGUAACCAUGAUCAUGACCUUGAAGGUCAAAUCAGAAGUCCCAAAGGAAACCUCUCAUUUUUAUACUGAAAAUUUAAAAAGCAGGAAAUUUUUCGUCCGAAUGUGACCUUGAUCUCGAAUAACAUAUAAGCUUGACACGACCUUGGCUUUGAGUUCAAGGUCACUUGCGGACGUAAUAACGGAUGAUUUUUUAAGAGGUAUAGGAUUUGAUUUUCAAAAAAAAAACACAAAAAAUUUGAAAAACGAUUAAAUCUUUAUUUGAGUCGAUAGAACGGUCGAUAUAAUUUAAUGUUUAAAGAUUAUUUCAUGUAAAUGUUGGCCGCGGCUCCGCUUUAUAUGGCCCAUGCGCAAGGUCCAAUUUUGGCACACUCUCUCCAACAUAUCGGCCGGUAUCUCACGAAUAAAUGUUUCAAUAUUGGCUUCCAGUGCGUCAAUCGUUGCUGGUUUAUCCCUGUAGACAUUAGCCUUAACAUGGCCCUACAAGAAAUAGUCCAACCGCGUUAAAUCACACGAUCUAGGCGGCCAAUUGACGGGCCCCAAACAUGAGAUAAACUGUUCACCGAACUCGCCUCUCAAUAGGGCCAUUGUUUCGUGUGCGGUGUGGCAUGUGGCACCGUUUUGUUGAAACCACAUGUCAGCCAAGUCCAGCCCUUCCAUUUUGGGCAAAAAAAAGGUUGUUAUCAUCGCACGGUAGCGCUCGCCAUUCACAGUUACGUUCCGGCCAUUGUCGUCUUUGAAGAAGUACGGCCCGAUGAUGCAACCGGCCCAUAAUCCACACCAAACAGUGAUUUUUUCGAGAUGCAUUGGUAGCUCUUGCAAUGCUUCUGGCUGGUCUUCACUCCAGAUGCGGCAAUUUUGCUUGUUAACUUACCCAUUCAACCAGAAAUGAGCUUCGUCGCUGAACACAAUUUUUCGAUAAAAAUGUGGAUCUUCCUCCAUCUUUGCCAGCGCCCAUUCACCAAAUUGGAAACGUUGUGGGAGGUCGUGUGGCUUCAAUUCUUGCACCAGCUGUAUCUUAUAAGUUUUUCCACCCAAAUCCUGUCGCAAAAUUUUCCACGUAGUGGAGUAACAGAGGCCCAAUUGCGAAUCGACAUUUCACGGUCAUCACUAACACUGGCGGAUACAGCCGCAAUAUUUUCUUCAGUCCUCACUCUACGUCUGCGUGUUGGUGGUUUAUUGUCCAAUAAUGUAAAGUGGGUUCGAAAUUUAGUCACAAGCUUCCGAAUAGCUCCCUCAGUAGGCCGACCAAAAAGCCCAUAUAUUGGAAGCAGUGCUCGAUGCACUCUCUUAACCGAGCAUGAAUUUUGAUAGUAAAAUUCAAUAAUUUGCAAGCGUUGUUCGUUCGUAAGUCGAUUCAUGGUUAAAUUAUAGACCAACCUGAACAAGUUUGACAAUGACACAAGACACGAUUCACGCGUCAUCUGUCAAAAACAGUGUUGCCGAAAAGAUACUAGCAAAAAAAUCACUCAUUAUUUCCUGAUUUUUUCAUUUAAAAAUGAUAGGUUUCCUUUGAAAAUUUUGACUUGGCCUUCAAGGCCAUGAUCGAGGUGACCUUUGGGUGAUUCCCACAAACCUUAUAACUGAGCUGUCUAAUAUUUUUGCUAGAACAAAUUGUUUUUGGUGUCUUGAUUUGACCUUGAAAUGCCCUUGAAGACAAAAGGUGGCGACUAAGGUUAUUUUCAGAUCUAAAAUUUACUGAUCUUUUCAAUUCCAAUGUGAAAAUGGAAGGUUUUGUUUAAAAAAUAUUCACUUUAUCUUGCAGGACGGAGUUAAGGUCACAACUCUCCGCGUCUAAAGAAUCCUUGUAGUUUUUAUUUAGUCACAUGAAAGAAAAAAAAACGUAUACAGAUCCUGGGGUAGAUCGUCUGACUUGAGACUUUAUUCAACCACAAAACGAAUCUAACAGUAAUAAACAUCAUGUAUGUGGAUUGUCACGCUUUAUACGCUAAAAACGCGUAAUUUUAAGGGUGAAUCUUAACAUUACUUUGAGAAUUGUGAUGUACAAAUAAAAUACCAAUAUAAAUUGUAAAUAAUUGUGUAUUUGUAAAAAUAAAUUAUUCCGAUUCUUGGAAGGAAAUCAGCAUUGUUUGCAAUGAUAAACGGGCUGCUGUGCAUUUAAAAAAUGUAGGAAAUAAUGAAUAUGACAUGACAUGCUGGAUAAAAUGAACGAUUAUCAAUUUUUGUAAACCAUUAUUAUUGUAACCUUAGUUGUUAGGCGGUUUCACGCGAGGAAAAAUGUAUCAUGAUUAUGUCACUUUUAGAAAAGUAUCGAUUUUUGGUUUUUACAUUUACAUAUUCAAUAUUGUUUUCAGUAUUGAUAUAAUUUGUUGUAAGCAUUUUGUGCACGCGACAAUAUCAAUUUGCAGCGUUUUACAAUGGAGUCAGAAAGAGACUCUAUACAGGGUGUCCCAGAAUAACGUGCCAUUAUCUCGUAUUCAUAUAGAAUACCAAAUAAUAGUGACACUAGUUUCUAUAAAAAAUUUCCCCUACCGAGAUCCAGGCCUCUACUGGAAAUUGGUAUUCCUUAAAUAAAUGUUUUACCACAGUGCAUAUUUCGACGAAAUUUCCAAUUUAUAUGGCUUAGUAACCAGCUGGGGGCCUCAUUUUUUCACACUGAAGCUGCCGCGCAGGUAGAAGAAAAUUGAUGAUGAAUCUGUUAUCAGAAUUUCUAUUUUACAAAAUGGAGGAAGCAUUAUACUGGAUUCAGUGCCAAACAUAAUAGAAAAAGGGAAAAGACUACGCUUCUUGUUUCGGGAUAAGGAGUACUUUUCUCCACAUGACCUCCUCACUCUGUACAAGGCCCACAUAAGGCCUAGUCUCGAGUACUGCUCACAUGUUUGGGGUCCUGCCGCCCCAACUACAUUAUCCGUGCUCGAUGCCUCUUCUCUAACGGACAGUCUCGGAACCGUUUUCACCGCAUUCAAAAAUUUGUUGAAUUACACAGUAUAUUCCAGUUAUAUGGGGUUGUCCAAAACGGAGGCAGGAAAGUAAACGCAUAUUAAAACAAGAAAGAUUGAUAUUCAAAUCAAGUUGGGUACUUUAUUUUGAAGGUUCAUUUAUACCAUUUAUGUAUGAAAAAUAAUAUCGCUCAAAUGUUCACCACGACUGGAUUUACAGACGUCCACGCGAUGGUCGAAAUUUUCAAUGACAUUUUGCAACAUGAUCGUCUAUGGCAUUUAUCUCGGCAAUGAUGUUAUUUUUGAGUUCUUGGAGGGUGGCUGGUUUGUUGACGUAGACUUUGCUUUUCAAAUAUCCCCAUAAAAAGAAGUCAAAGGGAGUCAAAUCGCACGAUCUUGGUGGCCAUGGCACAUUUCCUCUGCGCGAAAUCACGCGAUCACCGGACUGCAAUCAAUGGAUAUUGACGUUGGUUGUGUGGCAUGUUGCACCGUCUUGUUGGAAAUAAACAUCGUCCAUAUCCAUUCCUUCAAGUUGCGGCAAAAAAUAGUCCUCUAUCAUCACGUGAUAUCGCUCAGAAUUGACGGUAACGGCGUCCCCGGCCGCAUUUUCGAAAAAGUAAGGUCCGAUGAUGCCUUUUGACCACAAUGCACACCACACAGUCACUUUUUGAGGAUGCAUCGGCUGCUCUUGAUACUCACGGGGAUUUUCGUUCGCCCAGAUGCGGCAGUUUUGCUUGUUUACCGUCCCAUUCAAAGUGAAAUGCGCUUCGUCGCUGAACAUGAUUUUUGAUGAAAAAUUGGCAGCAAUUUGGCGGUGUUCAAGGAGCCAACCUGAGAACGUUCGGCGCGAAAAAUGGUCGGCCCGACGCAGCUCUUGCGUCAAUUGGAUCUUGUAGGCGUGUACAUUCAAAUCCUUGUGGAGAAUGCGGAGCAAACUGGUUCUCGAAAUGCCCAAUUCUUGGGAUCGACGCGUUGUUGAUUGUUUCGGAUCGUCUCUCACACUCUCCUUCACAACAGCAAUAUUUUCCGGUGUGCGAACGCUCCUUGGCCGGCCAGAGCCUGGCAGAUUAGCCACAGAACUUGUUACCUCGAAUAUACGCACCAGACGACCGAUGGUUGUUUCGUUUGGGCGGUUGUUGCGACCGAAAUGUUCACGAAGCGCGCGAAACGUGUUUUUUAUUUUUGCACCAUUUUUGUAGUGCUCUUGAAUAACUUUAAUGGGGCCUUCAAUCGAAUACGACUCCAUAGCGAUCAAUGGUAAACAUUCAACUAACAAAAUGACAUGUCGGUGACAGAAAACAAAGAUGGCGUCUAUGUGAAAUUGACGUUUACUUUCCUGCGUCCCUAUUGGACAACCCUUUAUAUGAAAAUAUUUCCAGUAACAUCCGUCAGGGGCUUGUAUCUUUGGGGGAAGCCCCACAGUACAAUUUUUAUAGAAAUUUGCGUCAUUUUUUUCGUGGUGAAUAUGCAUACGUGAGAUUGGCAACACGGUGUGUCAAACAUUGUUGAGCGACACUGUCACUCGACACAAGUUGCAUGCAUAAUCCUUUGAGUUAAUGGUAAUCACAUUAAGGCAUACUUUAAAUUGCAUGACAUGCUAGUUUGGCGGAAAAAUUAUUUAAAUGUCAAAACAGUAAAUACAGGGUUUGUCCGGAAAGUAAUAGGACUGAGUCGAUUUAAAAAAAUUUAUUGAGCCAAUCGUUACAAUUCUUUAAAAACUUUCAAAAUAGGCUCCUUCUGCGUCGAUGCAGCGCUGCCAGCGCGAUUUCCAAGUAUUGAAGGCGUCAUGGAAGGCAUUCUCCGGAAUAGCCUUGAAAGCCGCGGUGCAUGCUCUUGGAUCCCCUCUGUCGUCUCAAAAUGCUUACCUUUCAUCGACCUUUUCAGGCGAGGAAACAAAAAAAGUCCGGGGGGGGGGGCACAUCUGGGCUGUAGGGCGGCUGCGGAAGCGUUGGGAUGCCGGCCUUGGCGGUGUGAGCCGGGGCGUUGUCGUGGUGCAACUUCCAGUCGGCUGCGAUGUCUUGUCUGACAGAUUUUGGUAAAUUUAACAUCUGGGCAAUUAAACGAAUACUUUCUGAGUCACGAGUCACAUUAUCGGUGUUUGUCGAAGUCGAAGGUCUUCAUCAGCUGUCUAAAAAGGCCUGGUGCCACCGACACACAUCACUUCUUGCUAAAGCAACACCUGGGUAAGCCUGCUUGAUCAUAUCAAACGUCUCAGUCGCAUAUUUACCGAGUUUCAUACAGAAUUUAAUCGCGUACCUCUGCUCUAACGAACGCUGCAUUUUCGGCUUGCACCAAUCGCAGAAACACGUCGCGCGAAAAUGCCUGUCCUGACUGUCCAGUAAGUUAUAUAAGGUUAUAUUUGAAUCAACUAAAGAAAACAGGAACAUUGGUAUAUGUGAAUUAUGCCUGAGCCAAGAGAAAUAAUAUAAUUUUGGAAAUUUUCCAAGAUCCUAUUGAAUGUAAUAGAAAUGGUAUUUUACAUAUUUUUUUAACAUUUUGAAUACCUAACGACGGGUUCGCCUUUACGUCAUUAAAAUAAUUAUUCUGUGGAACAAUGUAUCCUUAAUGCAGGACUGAAUCAUUAUAUCCUUUUUUGUUAUUUGUACAUUUACAACAUGAUUACUGCAGCUGCUGUUUGUAACUGUUAUUUAUAUAUCUUUUUUAGACGUAAUCUAUUUUGAGUGUUUUAGUUUUUAGUGUAAAAUAUAUUAUUUUUACGUUUUGAAUGUAAUAAAAUU